UUCCCCUCCCUCAAACGCUAACGCUAGGUGAUGCUUACUUUCUUUUUUAAAGGAGACUUUAAUUCGUCGCUUAUUCUUUUGAAACGUGCUCUCACACCUAAUGUAUUUUGCGCAACGUUUCGCUACUCUGUGAGCCUUCCCCUCACCCCCUCACCUAGCGUUACGCAAGUUCGAAGUUCGAGUUAUUGAUCUUCCCAUCCCGUGUCAGAUUAAACCUAGGCAUCUGUCACUCCCGGAGUUUCAUCCCCUCUCAAGAGUGAUUUCAAAAUUCUUCAACAUUAAGUGUAGAGCGCCGACAACCUAUCUACCUUCACUGAUCGAAGCAUCCAUGACUCUACUGGCUCGCAGACAAAGGAGGUGUCAGGGACGGCCAGCCACCACACGCUGAAAACCUUUCGAACUAAUUGAGCCCUACGAAGUGCAGUGGCUUCAUAAAACAAGGCUUCCACCUUUCACGGUCACUCUCUAGUGUCGCAGUCACCAUGCCCGGGACAGGCAAGAGAGCGCACGCCGCGGACAGCAGCGAAGCAGGGAACGAACAAGCCCCCGCCAGCAAGCAACAGAGGACCGACUCGGCGAACUGGUGUGUCGACUGCUGGGCACCUCCGAAGGACGCGUGCCGCGGGGACCACAGUCUGCUGGACAGGACUGCAGCCGAAAGGGACCUGCAGGAGCAGUUGACGGCCGUCCGCACGGAGCUUACGAAGCUGCAGGCACGAUUGGACGCGCUGGGCAAAGCUCGUCUGCUCGACGGCCCCGUCUUGCUGGCAAGCAUAGAUGAAAGCGACGGCUCGUUUGAUGGCUGGAUCGUCCAAGGGGGAGACAUUCGCAUUGCUCUAGCCUCCAACUUGUGUCUCACUGGCGAAGACAAGGAGAAGAUCCUCGAGGCGCUAGGGGGUGUGGGUGUAGAGUAUGAUGUGGAUGGGAAUCAGUCUGUCAUGGCCCACUGCGAAGUGGACGACCUGGAUGGCCUCCUGGACAAGUUCCCCGACUUAGUGGUAGGCCAGGAGGUGCGGGACGGGGACGUGCUGCUUAAUGCUAAGCGGCUGAGGCUGGAGGUUUACUUCAAGGGUACGGAGGUCAAGGAAUCUGGUUCGAAGCAAUUCGGUGCCGUGAAGGAUGGUCUCAAGGCUCUGCAGGCCGAGGGCUGCCCUUCUGACGGCUCGUACGCAAGUGUCAAGGAUGAAUGCUGCAGCGGAGGUGAAGAAAACUGCUUCUGUAUGACUCGUCGUCCUGGGUCCAGUUAUCUGUAUGCCGUGAAGUUUGAGAACAAGGACGAGGACAAGAAUGAAGACCAGCCCUCUGGUCUCAGCCGGGAGUAGUGUUUCCUCGUGGUUUUGUUUUGUACGUGCUCGGUCAUCAAUUUGUUUUCCACAUGACAGGAGGAUCCUCGAUAAAGUUGUUUCAUUCUUUCAAGAAAAUGGGAGUUUAUGCGCAGAUGUGAAUGUCUUCUCUUAAUUUUGAUCAUAUUCCAAAAAUUAAAUUCAUAUAAAAAAUUUA